CCCAUUUCCCUUCUUCCUCAGGUCUUAUCUCGUCGGUCUGCUUUCUACGGUCUCAUCAUGUCUUCUCCUCGUCCCCAGUCUCCCGUCAAUGGCGGCGCCUCCGGCUCUACCACUGCGCGUCCCGCAUCACCAAAGCCCCCGGGUGGCCCUGCAACCGUCAUGCGAAGGAAGGCGGCCGCUGACCGCGCAGAGAAGUCCGCAAACCAGAGGCCAAGCAGCACGAGGGCGGCCGGUGCUGGAGGAAGCUCAAGCACUAUGUUGAGGCUUUACACCGACGAGUCCCCUGGCCUCAAGGUCGACCCCGUCGUUGUCAUGACUCUCUCCGUUGUCUUCAUCUUCAGCGUCGUUGCCCUUCACGUCAUUGCCAAGGUCAUGCGACGAUUCUCCGCAUAAAUGCACUUUCCCCUUGACCAUCAACUAUUUUUUAUCCAUGAUUGGCGCUCUGCAGCAGCGACGACAUCCUUCGUUUUUCGUCCCCCAAAACGACUCUUCUCCCGUCUCGCGUCUUCUUUCCUUUCUUCUCAGUAGCUGGUGAAUUGGACGAGCAAGAUGGGGCAAAGUUGGUCGGAAUAUAGCGAUACCUGGGCUUUGAUAACUCUUGCAUCAUUUUCAGGAUGCACCGACGGUCGGUGUGUUCGUGCAGGACAUUGGCGUGGUGUACUAUAGCAUUGCA